AUGAAAGAUGUGAAGAAGGAAUCGCCGUGGAAUAUGAUGUUUGCGGAUGAUGUGGUUCUUUGUGAGCAGAGCAUCGACAGACUUGAGGAAAAGCUGGAGGAUUGGAGGAAGGUACUAGAAGAAAGAGGGGUGAAAAUUAGCAGAACAAAGUCAGAAUAUUUAGCACUGAAGGAUGUGCAGAUGAGGUCUUGCAAGAUCCAGGAUGAUGAGCUGAAAUCGACGCGCCACGGGAAAUCUUGUGUGGCACGUGUGGAGGGAGUGGGGCGGGCGCCGUGUGGCCGCCGCCAGCAGCUGAGUCCAGCCACGGCCACCUCGCCUCGCCUCGCCUCGCCUCGCAAAGUCGAGUCGAGCGCCGCGCCGCCAGUGUCAAGGCCGCCUUACGUAAGGGGCGUGGCGUGGCGCGGCGCGGCGUGGCCCAGGGACUCCCUCUGGACAGCCCUGGCGGCAGCUCUCGCGGCCGCGUGCCGCCUCAACCAGUCGCCGACGCUCCGCCGUGUUUGUGGCACGCACCUUCUUCGAAAAAGAACACUCCGCCCGAAAUCGUGA